AUGGCCAGCUCCAUCCAUGGCGUGGAGCCGCAACCUACAGGCAACGAACCUGUUAAAUUCAUCAGCAUAGAAGAGGCAAAGGAGAUGGAGAGAGAGCUGCACGAGGAGUACCGAUUCGGACAUCAGCAGCUGAUCGAGAUGGCCGGUUAUAGUUGUGCCAUGGCCAUUACUACGGCCUAUCCACGGGCAUCACUACAAGGGAAGCAUCCGACAAUACUGGUGAUCUGUGGCCAGGAGCAGAAUGGGGCUGUCGGCCUGGUGUGUGCCCGACACCUCCGCACGUUCGGUUACGAACCGACUGUCUACUACCCCAAGCGCUCCUGCAAGUCCCUCUUCCUGGACUUCACCAUUCAAUGCGAGAAGCUGGACAUUCCGUUUCUCUCCUACCUUCCAAAUGAGGUGCAGCUGAUAAAUGAUGCCUAUAACUUGAUCAUAGAUGCCGUGCUGGGUCUGUCCGAUGAGCUGGGGCUGAAGGAGCUGUAUUGUAAUAUCCUCUCUACAAUGAAACAUGUGAAAAUACCUGUAAUCAGCAUCGAUGUCCCUUCAGGUUGGGACGCGGAGAAGGGCAAAGGUGACGGCAUCAGUCCCGAGGUCCUCAUCUCUCUGGCCGUGCCCAAGAAGUGCGCCACGCAGUUUUCUGGCAAGUACCAUUUCCUGGCGGGCCGCUACCUGCCCUACGACUUGCAGAGGAAAUACGACCUGAAUCUCCCCGACUACCCGGGAACUGACUGCAUCGUACUGCUCUAGGAGCGCGCACCCAAAGUGGCCGAUCAAAUCCCAGAGAGGACUGGCCCCCAACUGGAAGCUUGCCCCGGGGAAGGGUGGUCUUCACUCUCAUCUCCGACACGAUGGGAGAUGCACUCUCCAAGAAUCCCACCGCUUGCUCACGCCACCCCUUCCAACGGAACGUACCACGGAAAAUGCUUCUCCUCAGGAAGUGGUUUGGGCUGCGAACCUGAUCAGCACCGUCCUAUUUAUGUUCAGAUUAUCUGUGUGUUGUGAAUUGUAAUGGUUUAUUUCCUUUAUUUCCUGAAUGAUCUUUAGGUAACGUCAAGAGACAUUGACCCUCAGACCAGGCCACAGUUUAGUGUAUCCCUUGGUGAUCUAUAUAUCUGUGCAUUUAGCUCCUGUCCAUGCCCAUGUUACAGGGCAUUUCAUGUAACUGUAACAUUAGACUUUAGACUUUAGAAAUACUGGGCGGAUGCAGGUCCUUUGGCCCACCGAGCCCGCGCCGACCAGCGAUCACCCCGUAC